AUGAAGUUCACCACCCUCUUCUCCCUUUUCCUGGCUACCCUGUCCGUGGGUGUCGGAGCCAGUCCCAUUGCCAUACCCAACGAUGUCCAGGAAGCCCCUACAGACAUCAGCAACAACACUGCUGAGUUUGCCGGAGACUUCGAAAAGCGCGCCCCUCCCAAAGAAACCGAACGCUUGCAACAGAUCCAGAAGAGUCUGGGUAAGCAAAGGCUCCAGGCGGGCAAGGAGUAUGCAAUCCAGGUCACCUGGACUAAGAAUGCGCCUGGUUCCUCGACUGGGUUCAAUACGCCCGCCAAAGCAGAAAUGAAGAAGACUCAGGAAAAGUAUGGGUUUGACCAUACUGCCAUUAUCGUUGGCAAAGUCCAAAAAGACGGCCAGAGCCACGAGCUGGACUUCAAGGGAAAUUGGUACCACUUGACCUCCGAGCCUCAGGGCUCGGGCAAGACGGAAUGGUUUAAGACUUCGGCCGAUACGGGCAAUGAGUGGAAGAAAAGCAACACCGACAAGAUAAUCAAGUUCUCAAACCUGAAGGAGAUCAGCGGAAACUGGGAAGAAAAGGUUAAGGACGCUGCAGAGGCUGCUUCCAAGGUUAGCACAAGCAAUGGAAACAAAUGGCAGGGGGGAAAGAACGACUGCAAGACUUAUGUUGAGGCGUUCGAGAAUGCUUUGAAAUGA